AACGUGGAGUGCAGCAUCUGCUUGGUCCCCUUCGAAGAACGCACCUUCGUUAGCCAGCUGCAGUGCGCUCAUGCUUUCCAUUACGAAUGCAUCCAUCACUGGUUUUCAGUUGGAAAUUGUUGUCCUGUAUGCCGAACUAGGAUUGCCUACGAU